GGGAGCGCAACGUGCGCUGAUUGGUGGAGCGGGCCGGUGAUUGACAGGGCGGCAGCGCAGGGAGCGGAGCCGGCGCUGCAGUCCCGGGCCGCGCAUUGACCGGGAGCGUCAGCCGGAGCGCGCACCCGUCCCUCCGCCCGGCUCCCGUGCUCGCUCCCGCUCCGCCAUGAGCCCCUGCCGCCUGCUCAUCGCCCGCCUGCUCAUCGCCCACCUGCUGCUGGUGUGGCGCCGCGGGCUCGCUGCCAGACCGCCGGACCCCACCGACUAUAAGGAUCCCUGCAAGGCGGUGGCGUUCUGGGGAGAUAUUGCUCUGGAUGAAGAGGAUCUGAAAUAUUUUCAUAGUGAUGGAAGCUCAGAUUUAAUGGGACAGGAAACUGACAGAACAGGACACACAUCUGGUGGGAUGACAGAGUUGCUGAGAAGGCCACAUGACAACACCAUGGCAACCGGAGGCAGCAGGACACUGAGAGAGGGUAACCGGGUCAGAGUGAGACGGAGGAACCAGCGUCGGCAAGCGGGAGCUUCUCGGAGAAGAGUCAGCCGAGCCGCAACGUCGAAGGCAGAACGGAUCUGGCCUGGGGGAAUAAUUCCCUACGUUAUAGGGGGGAAUUUCACGGGAACCCAGAGAGCCAUAUUUAAACAAGCCAUGAGGCACUGGGAGAAGUUCACAUGCGUCACGUUUGUGGAGCGAUCGACUGAGGACAGCUUCAUCGUCUUCACUUACAGACCGUGUGGGUGUUGCUCGUACGUGGGCCGUCGAGGAGGCGGACCUCAGGCCAUCUCCAUCGGCAAGAACUGCGACAAGUUUGGAAUCGUGGUGCACGAGCUGGGCCACGUGAUUGGGUUUUGGCACGAACAUACCCGGCCUGACAGAGACGCUCACGUCAGCAUCAUCAGAGAAAACAUACAGCCAGGGCAGGAAUACAACUUCCUGAAGAUGGAGCCUGCUGAAGUGAAUUCCUUGGGAGAGACUUAUGAUUUUGAUAGCAUAAUGCACUACGCUAGAAACACCUUCUCCAGGGGUGUUUUUCUGGAUACCAUCCUUCCUCGGAGAGAUGAUCAUGGCAUGAGACCAACUAUUGGGCAAAGAGUAAAACUGAGCCAAGGAGACAUCAGCCAAGCCAAGAAACUAUACCGAUGCCCAGCCUGUGGUGAAAGUUUGCAGGACUCUGUUGGGAAUUUCUCAACCCCUGGGUUUCCAAACAGCUACCCAUCCUUUUCCCAUUGUGUGUGGAGAAUAUCAGUGACACCCGGAGAGAAGAUCAUUUUAAACUUCACCACCAUGGACCUGUUUAAGAGUCGUCUCUGCUGGUACGAUUACAUUGAGGUACGGAAUGGGUACUGGAGGAAAGCACCACUCUUGGGCAGGUUCUGUGGUGGGAAGAUUCCAGAACCCAUCGUGUCCAGCGACAGCCGGCUCUGGAUCGAAUUCCGCAGCAGCAGCAACUGGGUGGGCCGGGGAUUUGCUGCCGUUUACGAAGCGAUCUGUGGAGGAGACCUCCGCAAGGACACUGGUCAGAUUCAGUCUCCCAACUACCCUGAUGACUACUGGCCAUCCAGGGAAUGCAUCUGGACAAUCACUGUAGCAAAGCAUUUCCACGUGGGCCUGGUCUUCCAGGCCUUUGAGAUGGAACGACACGAUACCUGUGCGUAUGACUACCUGGAGAUCCGUGAUGGUGGCGGCCCAGACGCUCCCCUCAUUGGCCACUUCUGUGGUUACACUAAACCCAACGAUAUCAAAUCCAGCUCCAACAAGCUCUGGAUGAGGUUUAUGUCAGAUGGUUCAAUCAGCAAAGCAGGAUUCGCCGCAGACUUUUUCAAGGAGGAGGACGAAUGCGCCCGGCCGGAGCGCGGUGGAUGUCAGCAGCGCUGCAUCAACACACUGGGCAGCUACAGGUGUGCGUGUGAGCCGGGCUAUGAGCUGGCGGCAGACCGCAGGAGCUGUGAAGCUGCGUGCGGCGGUUUACUCACCAAGCUGAACGGCACGGUGACCAGCCCAGGCUGGCCCAGGGAGUACCCAACCAACAGGAACUGUGUGUGGCAGCUGGUCGCCCCUGCACGUUACAGGAUCUCCCUGCUGUUUGAGGCCUUUGAGUUGGAGGGAAAUGACGUGUGUAAGUAUGACUAUGUCGAGGUUCACAGUGGGCUCUCCUCUGGAUCCAAACUACACGGCAGAUUCUGUGGCUCUGAGAAGCCGGACAUCAUAACCUCACAGUUCAAUAACAUGCGGAUCGAGUUCAAGUCUGACAACACCGUGUCCAAGAAAGGGUUCAAAGGACACUUCUUCUCAGAUAAAGACGAGUGCUCGGUGAACAACGGGGGCUGUCAGCACGAGUGUGUGAACACUGUUGGGACCUACAUCUGCCAGUGUCGCAAUGGGUUUGCCCUGCAUGAGAAUGGCCUCGACUGUAAGGAAGCCGGCUGUGGACAUAAAAUAAGCAGCGUGGAGGGAGUGAUCGCCAGUCCCAACUGGCCGGACAAGUAUCCCAACCGUAAGGAGUGCACCUGGACUAUUUCUGCACCCCCUGGGCACAGGGUCAAGCUGGCCUUCAACGAGUUUGAAAUUGAGCAACAUCAGGAAUGUAUUUAUGACUAUCUCGAGGUCUACAAUGGUCUCAGUGAAAGGUCCUCCUUCCUGGCCCGGUACUGUGGGAGCAAAAAACCAGAGACUGUCGUCACCACAGGGAAUAAAAUGUUCAUCAAAUUUUUCUCUGAUGCAUCGGUACAAAGGAAAGGAUUUCAGGCAAAACACAGCACAGAGUGUGGCGGGCAUCUCAGAGCCAAGGUCAGAACCAACGACUUGUACUCGCACGCACAGUUUGGAGACAACAACUACCCUGGCCAGUUGCAUUGUGACUGGGUGAUCAUGGCAGAAGAUGGCUAUGGGGUGGAGUUGAUAUUUCAGACGUUUGAAAUCGAGGAAGAGGCUGACUGUGGAUACGAUUACAUGGAGCUAUACGACGGGCCUAACAGUGCGGCUCCUAGACUCGGGAGAUUCUGUGGAUCAGGGCCCCUGGAAGAGAUGUACUCUGCGGGAGACGCGAUCAUGAUCCGACUCCACACCGAUGACACCAUAAAUAAGAAAGGCUUUCAUGCUCGAUACACCAGCACAAAAUUUCAAGAUGAGCUGCACAUGAGGAAAUAACCACCCACUGGUUAUAUAAUGGACUUUAAAAACAUGGCUUACUUCGACUGUACUUUGGCCAAGGAGGGUCGAGAGCCAUUUCUGCUUUUGGUUCAAAUUGAAUAUGUUUCAGAAACAGGAAACAAAUCCCACUUCAUCCAAGCUAGUGUUUCAGUGUUAGUUACCCUUCUAUUCUGAAAGAUCUGCCCUAUCAGACAGACAUCUCUGUCCCCAGCCCCAUCCAUCCCUCCCUGUCCCUUUCCCCAUUCCCCACUCCCAUCCUUUCCUGUCCUCCCCUUCUCUGCCCUUCCCCAUUGGUUCCUUCCUCCCAUCAACACUUACAAGUGCAUCUCCUUUUUGCUUUUAGAACUUGCUUUUUGCUUAAAUAUGAAGGCAAAAUGUUUCAAACGGCCUCACUGGCUGUGAGGUUUACACUGCUCUGACGACUGGAACACACUAUUUAUGGAUCCCUGUUGGCAAAUUGCAUGGGAAUAUGAAACUUUGAAGAGCUGGGAACCUUUGAAACAUUACAGGGAAUGGAGGUGGGAUUCACUUGUCAUCUUUAAAAAUGUUUGUAGUGUGGUCAGACUUGAAUAUUUUGCGAACUAGGUGCUAUUGUAUUCAAAAAACAGUUGGAGAUAGUUUGCUGAAAAUAAAGUGUGAUUAUUCUGUUCAAUCAAAGAAUUGAACAAAAUAAUGCUUAGAUACUUCAGAAAUCCAAAAUUUCAAAGGACCUUUCCAUGCAUGGAAGCCACUGACGAUUCUAUUAACCCUAUCUGCAGGAAAUGAGCAGAAAUGUAAGCCUUCUAGUGAAAUAUUCAACUGUACAGUCUGUUGCUUCUGUAUGUCUGAAUUUGUAUUUGAAGCAUUUGGUAGUUGGUUGUAGAUGGUUAACGUAGAUUAAUAACAUUCUGUCUGUUAUUUAUUGUUAAGAAAUGCAGUGUGAUAAUGUAUGGCUGGGUCAGAGCCGGUACAAUGGCACUCCCUACAUUACUGUGUUGCAUAUGAAGCAAAGCUGUGUCUGUGGCAAGUAUGCAUUCAACAAGAAAUUCACCAGACCUUUACCUAUGACCUUCAUACAGAAGCAGUGUCCCUGUGCAUCACUUACUCGCUGAUCUGAAGUUUAGAAAGAACUCUGGGACUAUGAUCUUGUGGCCUUUUGUGAAGUGCCUGAAAAGUACUGUUUACAAAAAAAAAUGCAUCUAUUCUGAAUUUAUAAUUUUUCUGUUGAAAUUAAAAUAAAGAAUUGCUAUUUUAAAAAGUGCAAUAAAGAAAUGAAGUAGAUCGU